AUGGUGCAGACGUUGCAACCAAAGCAGUUAAAGUUGGCACCGAGAGCGAAAAAAAUAGUUGAAGAGGGGAUAACACUUGGGGUACCAAAAUCAAUGAAAAAAGCAACAAACAAACUAACAGGAAAAUUAAGUAGCAUUAUUGGUGGCAAAUCAAAAAACAAGAACUUCAUUAGCAAAAUUGGGAAAAGUUCAUUUGGCAAGAAAAUAGGUGGACUGUUCGAUAAAACGAGCAAAGUGAUCAAGAGUGUAUCUAAUGGUAUUAAGUCGGUUGAUACCGGUAUAGAAAAUGGUGUAAAGAGUUUUGCACGAAACCAGAUUUCCAAGUCAGAUUUUGGAAAAAAAGUACUUGACACUUAUGACAGAGUGAAGAAUGGAAUUGGAACCACAACAGACAAUGAAGAAGAAGAAGUUGGUAAUAAUAUAGAAGAUACGAAUAAUAAUGGUGAUGAUGGAGAUGAGCAACCAAAUGAGAUGGUCGAACAACCUAUUAAAACAGAAAGACGUGUAAGAAAGGAAACAAACAAAAAAAGAAAGAGGUAUGGAAGGAACAAAGCAACAAGGAAAAAUAUGAGAAAUAAAAAUAAUAAAAAAGUUAGGGGGAAGAGAGAAAAAACAAAGAAAAGAAAGAUGAGUAGGCAACAAAAUAAAAAGAAAGGAAGGAAAAUAAAAGGAAAGUCGGCGACCAAAAGAAAACAACAUAAAAAGCUUAGAAAGGUACGAGGGAACAAAAGAUAUGCUUUCACUAAAAGAAAUAACAUGCCGAAGUAUUAUAAAUCACAGUAUAAAUCUAAAAAUAACAGAAAAAGAACAACCAAAUCAAAGCAAAUAAAAUUAAUCGAUCAAACAAGUCUAAAAAAUCGAACAAAUCUAGGUCGUCAAAGAAAUCAAAAAGAAGAUAAAAAAGUCAAGAUUUGUUUAAAUGAUUUUAAACUACAAAAAAAUACACUGUCCCGAAGAUUAUAA